CACUACACACCUCGCCCUCUGCGCUCCUCUCUCAACACACACACACUCACUUACUCACGCAGUCAGCGCUCACCCCUCGCCACUCACGCCGCUGACCCUCACCCCGCCACUCCAUCUCACAUCAACACCGGCAGUACCGUCUGACUGCGCCACAAGUCACUACCUCUUACCACACCCUUCCUCCCCUUCCCUGCCGAUCACCAUGUCUGCCGGCAACCCUGCCCCUUCGCCCGCGCCAGCUGCCCGACGCACUCGCCUCAUCUCGAGUGCCAUGAUGGCACGCCACAACAAGGAGAGCUCCGUCUGGGUCGCCCGACGUGGAAAGGUGUACGACGUCACCGACUUCGUCCCCGACCAUCCCGGAGGAGAUGAUCUGGUGAUGAAGUACGCUGGUAUGGACAUGGGAGAGAUCAUGGACGACGUCGUUGAGCAUGCCCACUCCACAUCUGCCUAUGAGCUGCUGGAAGAGUACUACAUUGGACGACUGCCAAUGACACAAGAGGAAGAGGCAGCUUGUGCAGAUGCAGAAGAUGGCGGAGCAGAUUUCACAGGAAAGGACAAGGACAUCAUCAUCACCGAUGACUUUGUGCCUCAGGACUCGGAUGUACACGCCGAUUACAAGAAGCAUGCCUUCCUGGAUCUGUCCAAGCCCCUGAUCAUGCAGGUGUGGAAUGCCAAGUUCGACAAGGAGUUCUACCUCGCUCAGGUACACUCGCCUCGCCACUUGAAGGAACCUGCUCGUCUGUUCGGUCCAGACUAUCUAGAGAUGUUCACACGUACAUCCUGGUAUGUCGUGCCUCUCAUCUGGGUACCCAUUGCCGCCUCUCUAUUCUACCGAUCAGCACAGCAGUACACUCUCCUCGAGCAUGGCCAAGAAGAGCUAGUGCCCUUCCAACACAUGGUCAAGUUGAGCCCAGUAGCAAUGGCUUACACAACGGCCUGCUUUGCAUCGGGCGUAUUCAUCUGGACACUACUGGAGUACACCCUGCAUCGCUUCCUCUUCCACGUCGACGAAUUCCUUCCCAACAACGGUCCCUGCCUCACACUACACUUCCUCCUGCACGGAAUCCACCACUACCUACCCAUGGACAGGCUACGAUUGGUCAUGCCUCCCCUGCUCUUCUUUGUCCUCUCAUUCCCUUUCACAAGACUAGCCUAUGCCAUCUUCCCUUCGGCAGCAAUGGCAAAUGGAGUCAUUGCGGGAGCAUUUGCGAUGUACGUCGUGUAUGAUAUGAUGCACUACGCGCUGCAUCACACCAAGCUACCGGCGUACCUCAGGUCGAUGAAGCAGUACCACCUCGAGCACCACUACAAGGCUUACGAUCUUGGGUUUGGCGUUACCUCCAAGUUCUGGGACUACGUCUUCGGCACAGCACUAGCAUGAGGUUGCUCUCUCCGCCCUCUCUCCACUAGCGUAUUGUGCCAUCGACUUCUUGAGCAUACACCACCACCACUGUCUUUUCGUGUACAACCCCGCAAGAAGUAGGCUGGAGACCCGCUACCGCUGCUGCUACUUUUUUCCUUGCUGAGCACUCCCACCGUUCAUCACCCAUCACCCCUUUUUGUUUAAUUUCUUAGUUUGCUUCGCCUUCCCCUUCGCCUCUGAGUGUCACUAGGUCUUGUUCGCUUCGCUUCGCUUCUCAGAAUGAAUACUACACUAUGCUAUGAA